AUGGUUCGUCAGCAGUUAUACAAGCGUCAAAAUGAGAUUGGUGAAUAUAUCAUCAAUUUGAAGCAAAGCUGCCUUAAGGAAACCGCAAGAAGUGUGGCUAAGGAAACCUGCAAAGCCCAGUUGGGGCAAGUUUGGCAGGAAUUCAAAAAUAACCACACGAAGUUAACCGAAUUGGGUAUCACCGAGGAACCGUACUUUAAAAACAAGUAUUAUGAGAAGGUGAACUCAUUGGUGGAGGAAAUCUGUGCAGCCCUAGAGACGAACGAGGAUGCAGCCAGCCAAUUGGAAACUGGAAAAACUGAAUCGUCGGGGUUGAAAUUACAACAAAUCCAACCGCAGGAAAAUGGGGAGUCCAAAAAUGAGAAGGAAAGAAUAGCGGGAAAAAGGAAGGAAAGAAUAAGAAAACUUAUUCGAAAGUUAGUAGGAGAACUACUAGAGUUGGAACAACUCAAUAUUAAAGUCUUGCUGGAAGAAGCAAAAAGAUCAUGGGAAACACAGAUGAAUCAAAUUAAUGAUCUAUUAUGGGAACUCACUAUCAACCAUGAGGGGUCUUACGAAGACAUCACUAAAGAAGUUGAUGAAGUAGAAAACCUCUACAAAAGAAGUAAAACAACGCUGAUCUUAAGAUUGGACAAAUGUAAGGAGGAGAGAUGUCCUAUAAAACUAGCGGAGAUAAAAAUACCGGACUUCUACGGUAACGUGGAAGAAUGGCCAUCUUUCCAUGAUUUAUACAAGAAGCUCGUACAUGAUGCCGAGAGCUUAUCGGACGUUGAGAAAAUGUUUUAUCUGAAAGCUCAUAUUAAAGGAGAAGCGUCAAAAGUAAUUAAACAUUUACCGGCAGAUGGAAGCAAUUACCAGCCAGCGUGGGAGAUACUAAAUCAACGCUUUGGAAAUAAAAGAAUUUUGUUUCAAACGAUACUAGACCGAUUGUUAGAUCAACCCCAUGUGUGUAGUGAGAACGCUAAACAAGUAAAAGGAUUACUUGAUACAACAAUUGAAUGCGUCCAAGGGUUAAAAGCAAUGAAAUGCAACAUCGAGGAUGCUGUAAUGGCGCGUGUAAUCAUCCGUAAGCUAGACAAAGAAGGUUUAUUAUUAUACGAGCAGCAUACAAAGAAAUCGAAAGAAAUUCAGGAGCUUAAAGAUGUUUUGGAGUUCUUGGAGGAACGAUAUCAAAAUUUGGAGGCAGCAGGUACAAAGAAGUACAGCAGCAAUUACAAUCAUCGGCAACAGCAGCCUAUGAAAAGUACGACACUCUAUACGGAUAAAAGUGCGUGUCUAUACUGUAGAAAACAAGGACACUUAACGGAAGAAUGUCGAAGUCUGUUGAGAUUGCCAGUGGCGGAACGAGUAUCAUGGGUUAAAACAAAAAAUAUAUGCCAUAGAUGCUUGAACCACAAUCAGAAUGCAAGAUGCGAUAGUACCAUCAAAUGUGGAACCUGUGGGUUUAAACAUCAUUCGGUACUCCAUCUAACUAAGACAUCCACUACAUGUGUUGCUAACGGGACAAGGAGUGUCCUACUGGCAACGGCUCAGGUGCAGGUCAAGAAUAUACAUGGAGAGAUGGUUACCUUGAAAGCUUUGGUGGACCAAGGAUCACAGUCAACGUUUUUAAGGGAAGAAGCAGCACAGAUACUUCAAAUCCCUCGAGAAAAGGCCAAUAUGGAAUUGCAUGGACUAGGUGACAAUUUGGUGGGAGUUGCAAAAUCAAAAGUAAAAGUUAGGAUCCAUCCGAGAUUUCCCAGCAACUAUUCACUCGAUGUCGAAGCUCUUAUUUUACCAGCGUUAGCUUCCGUCCAUUUGGAUUCUUCGUUAGUACACAACCAGGGUGUAUGGAAAAACUUUCAAUUGGCUGAUCCAAACUACUACAAGAACGAGAGGAUAGAUAUGGUGCUUGGCGGAGAUGUGUAUGUGGACAUACUAAAGAACGGAAUACAUAAGAAGCAUGGAAUGUUGGGGCAACAUACCAAGCCGGGAUUAAUGUUGUCCGGCCCAUUAACGAUUCGAGUCCCAGUAGCGAAAAAAGGUGUCAAUGUCACUACAGAGAUUGAAAGAUUUUGGGAAACUGAAGAGUUGGAUAUGGACAUGGUUACAAACGAUGACGAAAAAUGUUUGGAUAAUUAUGCUGCUACAACGAAAAGAAAUGAAGAAGGGCGGUUUAUAGUUCAAAUCCCCUUCAAAGAAGAUAAAGAGCUGGGAACAUCGUAUAAACAGGCAGCAGCCAGACUCAUUAGCCUGGAGAAAAAGCUCAUCAAGGAUAAUGCUAUGAAGCAUGAAUACUCAAGAAUUAUGGAAGAAUAUAUUGGGGGGGCACUGGGGCACAUGAAGCCAGUGAAACAGAUUCAUAGCGGUAAAUAUUAUUUACCACAUCAAGCGGUUGUUCGAGAGGACAGUCUGACUACGAAAGUCAGAGUGGUUUUCGACGGUUCCGCGAGUACAAAUAAUGGAAGAAGUCUGAACGACAUAAUGCAUGUCGGGCCACGGUUGCAGAGAGACGUCUUCGACAUACUACUCAACUUUCGUUUAAAAAGGUUCGUGAUUUCUUCAGAUGUUGAAAAAAUGUACCGCCAAAUAAUGGUGGAUGAGGAGAGCCAGCGGUAUCAACAUGUUCUGUGGCGGAAAGAUAGGAAUGAGGAAAUCAAAGAAUAUCAGCUGACAACAGUGACAUUCGGAACAGCAAGUGCCCCGUUCUUGGCCGUAAGAACCUUAAUGCAGAUUGCGAAAGAAUGCGCGGAUACGAAGGUGAAGCAAAUAAUUGAAGAAGAUUUUUAUAUGGAUGAUCUUCUUACGGGGGCAGACACAAUAGAAGAGUGUCUCCAGUUUCGAUUCAAAAUAUCAAGGCACUUAGAGGGUUAUGGAUUCCAUCUCAGAAAAUGGUGUUCAAACAAUGAACACAUUGUGAAAUCAUCGAAAGAAGACAAGGAGAACGAAAUAAUAAACAUCAAUGAAACCACUAAUGUAAAAACCCUGGGACUUCAGUGGAAACCGAAGGAAGACGAAUUUCGAUUUAAAAUAUCGGAAUACCCAGCGGAGAGUACAACAAAGAGGCUGGCUUUAUCAUAUCUAGCAAAAAUAUUUGAUCAGCUUGGGUUGCUGACACCAGUCAUAAUAACGGCGAAGUUGUUUAUUCAGAGUUUAUGGUUGCUAGAGAUGCAAUGGGACCAGAAAAUCGAUGGAGAUUUGGAGAUCAGCUGGAAAGAAUUCGUGACACGUAUUUCGUCUCUACAAGACGUUAAGAUACCUAGAUGGCUAAACUCUUCAUCCGAAAGUAAAAUUAAAAUUUUGGGAUUUGCGGAUGCAUCAGAGAAGGCCUAUGCAGCAGUGGUUUAUAUUAAAACCGAUAAAGGAGUUUCCUUGAUGGCUGCAAAAAGCAAAGUAAACCCGAUUAAAAACAAAAAGACGCUUCCGAAAUUAGAGCUGUGUGCAGCCUUCCUAUUGGCCAGGCUGCUAAAUAGAAUAAUUAGUGUGGUCAAAGCCGAAUCGGAAGUUUAUGCCUGGAGUGACUCCACAAUUACACUUGCUUGGAUUGAAAAUAACAAGAGCAAAGAUAAAUUUAUAAGGUCACGAGUAACCGGCAUAAAAAAUUUGGUAUCUCAGGCGCAGUGGCGGUAUGUAAAGUCAAAAGAGAAUCCAGCAGACUUGGGGUCAAGAGGCGUGUCCCCAGAUAAACUUGUAGACUCAAAGCUAUGGUGGGAAGGUCCCCAGUGGCUGCUGUUGCCGGAGGCGGAAUGGUCUCUAACCCCUCCAGAAUUGAAGACAUGCGCUUCCACGGCUUCCAAGGAAGCACCUACCUUAUUGAACGAUUUGAUAGAAAGGUAUUCAUCAUAUGGAAGACUUCUAAGAGUUUACUCUUACAUCUUGCGGUUUGUUGAAAAACUGAAGGGAACCCGAUCCUUCCCGUCAUAUCUAACGAGAGAGGAGUUGUUAAAGGCGGAGAAAUACAUCGUUAAAGGUCAUCAGAAGAUAGAAUGGCCAAGUGAGGUACAAAAACUAAGAGAUAACAGACAGAUGGAUCAUCGACACAAGCUGGCUAAUUUGCACCCGUACCUAGACGAAGAGGGGGUUUUAAGAGUUGGAGGUCGACUUCAGUACUCUGAUUUGCAGCUAGAUCAAAAACAUCCUAUGAUCAUUCGAAAAUCACGGCUGGCCUAUUUAAUUAUACGAGACACCCAUUACAAGACGAUGCACGGAGGAAAUCGCCUAGUAGAAUGUACCGUGAGACGAAAAUUCUGGAUAAUUAAUGUGAAAAACUGUAUAAAAAAGGUUAUACGAAGCUGUCCGGUGUGCAUCCGUUAUAGGCAACAAAACACGCAGCAACUAAUGGGAAUUCUUCCAGACUAUCGUGUCAAAGUUUCAUUUCCAUUUUAUCACUGCGGAGUCGAUUAUGCAGGACCGGUUUCGAUGAAGUUUUCAAGUGGUAGAGGACAAAGGUCAUUUAAAGGAUACAUAGCUGUGUUUAUUUGUAUGACCACAAGAGCGAUUCAUUUGGAGGCGGUCAGUGGCCUUACUACCGAUGCAUUCAUGGCAACCCUUAAACGGUUUUUUGCAAGAAGAGGAAAAAGUGCACAUAUAUAUUCGGAUAAUGGCACUAAUUUCGUUGGAGCAGCCGGUCGUCUGGAAAAGGAGUUUCAGAAAGCCGUUAAGCCUCCAGUCUAG